GUCGACUUUAGUGCUAUAUAAGGUGUAGCGAUGUGAGUGACUAGGCAGUUUGUACGGAACGCAUCACUUACUGAUUAUGUCUGGACGUGGCAAAGGAGGAAAGGGCUUAGGGAAAGGAGGCGCCAAGCGGCACAGGAAGGUGUUGCGGGAUAACAUUCAGGGUAUCACUAAACCCGCCAUCCGCCGCCUGGCCCGGAGAGGGGGAGUCAAGCGCAUCUCCGGUCUUAUCUACGAGGAGACUCGUGGCGUUCUCAAGGUUUUCCUAGAGAAUGUUAUUCGAGACGCCGUCACCUAUACAGAACACGCCAAGAGGAAGACUGUUACCGCCAUGGAUGUGGUGUACGCGCUCAAGCGCCAGGGCAGGAAACAAUUCGCUUCAUAACAUUUUUCGUUGCGUUAAAUAGCUAUGGCUCGUACUAAACAGACCGCCCGCAAGUCCACCGGAGGGAAGGCUCCUCGCAAACAGUUGGCCACUAAGGCAGCCAGGAAGAGCGCUCCGGCCACUGGGGGUGUCAAGAAGCCACAUCGUUACCGCCCAGGUACUGUCGCUCUCCGAGAAAUCCGACGUUACCAGAAAUCCACUGAGCUGCUGAUUCGCAAGUUGCCUUUCCAGCGCCUGGUUCGUGAGAUCGCUCAGGAUUUCAAGACUGACCUGCGUUUCCAGAGCUCGGCCGUCAUGGCUCUGCAGGAGGCCAGCGAGGCUUAUCUGGUUGGCUUGUUUGAGGACACCAAUCUGUGCGCCAUCCUGAUCAUGUCUGGACGCGGCAAAGGAGGAAAGGGCUUAGGGAAAGGAGGCGCCAAGCGGCACAGGAAGGUGUUGCGGGAUAACAUCCAGGGUAUCACUAAACCCGCCAUCCGCCGACUGGCCCGGAGAGGGGGAGUCAAGCGCAUCUCAGGUCUCAUCUACGAGGAGACUCGUGGCGUUCUUAAGGUUUUCCUAGAGAAUGUCAUCCGAGAUGCUGUCACUUACACCGAACACGCCAAGAGGAAGACUGUUACCGCAAUGGAUGUGGUGUACGCUCUCAAGCGCCAGGGCCGCACUCUCUACGGCUUCGGAGGCUGAAUCUACUGCCCAUUAAUCUUGUACCCAAAGGCUCUUUUCAGAGCCAC